UUGCAGACACACACACAUACCAGGAAUGACUGAAAAAGGCUCAUUACUGACAUCCUCUGAAGUAUUCUGGACAGUCUGAUACAACUUUCCAGAACAGCUCCCUAAUUAAAACCUGGGCAAAUUCCUCUGAGAAAUCUGUUUCAAAAGCCAUUAACACAGAAACUCCACUUAAAGGUGUGUGUAAUUAUCUGCAUCAUGCAGAAAGCAAAGUGCUGUGUGACGCUAGCAGUCGUGAUAUUAUCUGCCGUGGCUGCAUUUGGAGAAAAGAAUGAGUCCUCAUUUAAACCAUUAUCUGAUGAAAGACAAUCCUUUAUGGGAACUCUGUCUACAUCUCUGCAAUCUUUAAAUUCAUCAAAUGCAAAUGAUACCUCAAAUGCCAAUGAGCCAGGGAAUCAAGGCUUUCAAAACCGAAGACCUAAACUACCUCCAAUGUGCAAUAGGCAAACCGAAAUCCGGGACACUUUCCGUUAUAUUACCACAGUGAUAUCCUGUUUGAUAUUCAUAGUGGGUAUCAUUGGUAACUCAACAUUGUUGAGGAUAAUCUACAAAAAUAAAAGCAUGAGAAAUGGUCCCAACAUACUGAUCGCUAGUCUGGCUAUGGGAGAUCUGAUUCAUAUCAUCAUUGACAUUCCAAUCAGCACUUACAAGCUUCUAGCUCGAGACUGGCCUUUUGGAGUUCAAAUAUGCAAACUGGUUCCAUUUCUACAAAAAUCGUCAGUGGGAAUCACAGUGCUAAGCUUGUGUGCACUUAGUAUUGACAGGUACCGGGCUGUAGCAUCUCGAAACCACGUUAAAGGUCUUGGAUUCUCCAAAUGGACUACUCUGGAAAUUGUUUUUAUCUGGGUUGUAUCAGUUGUGAUUGCCAUCCCUGAAGCAAUUUCUUUUGGUGUGGACAUGGUGGACUACAGAGGACAACAGUUUCAAACAUGCUAUUUAUUACCCGUGCAAACCACAGCCUUUAUGAUGUUUUACAAGACUCACAAGGAUCUGUGGCUGUUUAGUUUCUAUUUCUGUUUCCCUUUGGUUGUGACUGCUGUAUUCUAUACUCUGAUGACAUUUGAGUUACUGCGAAAGAAAGGAGGAAUGACAGUAGCUUUAAGUGAACACAUGAAACAGAGACGCGAAGUUGCUAGAACUGUAUUUUGUCUUGUGCUAGUCUUCGCUAUCUGCUGGAUUCCAUUACACCUUAGCCGCAUUAUAAAAUUAACAUUUUAUGAUCAAGACAAUCCCAAUAGGUGUGAACUUCUAAGUUUCCUUCUCUCAAUGGACUACGUUGGUAUAAACAUGGCCAAUCUGAAUUCAUGCAUUAAUCCAAUAGCUCUCUAUUUAGUAAGCACCAAGUUCAAAAAUUGUUUCAAGUCAUGUUUGUGCUGCUGGUACCAAUCUACAGACUUACUGGACGUGGAGGAUAACCAUUCCUGCAUAAAGUUCAAAGGUCAUAAUAAUGGAGAAUAUGACAAUUUUCAAUCUAGUUUGUCAUGAAGCUAAAUACAAACUUGAGCAUUUUAUGUUAUUCCAAUAAAUAAAAUAUAAUCAUUUGUAGUCUACAAAAGAUAACCUCGAGGGGACUUUACAGAUUUGCAGCUUAGAUAAUUCUUGGGUAAAGCACAAAAAGAACUCACAACUGUAUUGUUUGAGCACUUAAACUAAUGUGAGCCUAACCUUCCAGGUCAUCUACAUUUCAGUUAUCCCCGGCAAUUUCUCAACUUUAGGAAAAGAAUUCUGUUGCACCUUAAUCCUGCAAUACAAUGCAAUAUGCGUAAUCGACAUUGAGUUUGCCAAAUCAAGGGGAGUACAAACAUGCAUAUAAUUAAUCAGAUCAAGGAACAACAGUAUUUUCCAAAACAUCAUUUGUAAUAGUGCAGCAAGGAAGUUAAAAAUAUCACAAAAAAACAAAAAGAAUUGCUUAACUUAUUUCAAAAGUUGCCCUUUCCCAGGUAGACUGCCAGACAUUUUCUUAAUAGGUUCUUAAUU